ACUGUACUUUUUUUUUUUUUUUUUUUUUUUUUUUAGCAUUUUAUGUAUCAGAAUUACCCAAAGAAGGGGUUGUCUUCAAAUAAGGAAACACUAACGGGUAAGUUGAUGGUCGCCACAGUAUUUUUUUGCACCUAUCUUUUUCUUAAAAAGCUAAAAUGGGUACAAUCACUCUGUUUUAUUUUUUUGUGAUGGAGUCUCUGUUGCCCAGGCUGGAGUGCAGCAGCACAAUCUCAGCUUACUGCAACCUCCGCCUGCCGGGUUCAAGCAAUUCUGCCCCAGCCUCCCGAGUAGCUGGGACUACAGCCGCACACCACCAUGCCCGGCUAAUUUUUUUGUUACUUUAGUAGAGACGGGGUUUCACCAUGCUGGUCAGGCUGGUCUCCAGCUCCUGACCUCGUGAUCCGCCCACCUCGGCCUCCCAAAGUGCUGGAAUUACAGGCGUUAGCCACCACGCCUGGCCUAAAAUGAGUACAAUCACUCUAGGGGUUUACAGUUUUGGUGAAAGUGAGGUAUUCUCUAUUUUUCAAUUUUAUGUUUUAGAGACAGGUUCUUCCUUUCUUCCCCAGGCUGGGGCGUAGUAGUGCAAUCACAGCUCACUGCAACCUUAAACUCUUGGGCUUAAGCAGUCCUUCCACCUCAGCCUCCUGGGUACCAGGGACUACAGGUACCGGCCACCAUGCCCACUAUGCCCAGCUGAUUUUUUAAUUUUGGGGACAGGCACCGUCUUCCCCAGGCUGGUCUCCUGAGGUGAAGUAAUCCUCUGGCCUCAGUCUCCCAAAGUACUGGGAUUACAGGCAGGAGCCAUCGUGCCCGAUCUGAAAAUAAGGUUUUUUGAUGGAAAUUGAGAUUUUUCUCAAGUAUGUUUGGAAUGCCCUGUGCAAUAAUCAAUCCAAGAACAGAGAUGUUCUUAAGGACUGUUGUCACUGCAUGUGGGUAAACUGCUGUGCAUAACUGGUUUAUUGAGAUACUCGACAGUGGCAGGAUUUCAGUAGUGGUGUAAAUUAAUGUCUUCUAAUAGCUUCUAUAUGGCAGUAUCCAGAUAAUUUCAUCACGUUUAAUCCAGGGAUCUCUGGUAAGUUGGUACUAUUGGCCUUAUUUAAGGAAUUUUCUGAAGAUCACCAUUGCAAAGCUGGAGUUUGAACUUCUAGUGUGCCAUUAACUGAUUUAUAUGUUAGAAACCACAGUACUAGAAAUUGGUAGAUGGGGAAUUGUUAACUGAGAGAUUUUACCCAGUCAGUCUUUCCCUGUUCCCUACUCUGCUAUGCACACAGCCAUGUGCAUACUAUCUUGUGAUAAUAUAACUGGAUCUUUACUAUAUUUGGUCACAAGAUCAACCUUAGGUGGGUUAUACUGUAUGAGCAUUACACAUUCUCAUUGUGUCAAAGGCACUGGGUGUACUGUGUUGGAUGGUUUCUACACUUAAAGAUAAGCUAGUGUGCUUGGACAUGUGGGAAAUGCAUGUAACAUUUGCAAUAAGGGAGAUUGGGUGCUGUGAGAAUAAUGGGGCUAACAAAUCAGGUGGUAAUUGAUGGACCUUGCAGAGUUCUGGUCAGUCUGAUGCCUGCAGGCUGAGGAGGUUCCAGUGAAGUUCAUGUGGAAAGUGAUGGGUUUGGGAAUGGCUGGAAGCAGGGUCAUAGACCCGAAGCACGUGAAUCCAUCUGGAAAGGUGAGGCUGCGUGCGCCUGCGCAGUGCAGCUUAGUGCGUGCGCGCAGUUCUCCCGCCCUUUUCAGCGGUGCGUCGGCGCGCAGUUCUUCCGCCCAUUUCAGCGGUGCGUCGGCGGCUUACUGCGUGCGCGCAGUUCUCCCGCCCUUUUCAGCGGUGCGUCGGCGCGCAGUUCUUCCGCCCAUUUCAGCGGUGCGUCGGCGGCUUAGUGCGUGCGCGCAGUUCUCCCGCCCUUUUCAGCGGUGCGUCGCCGCGCAGUUCUCCUGCCCAUUUCAGCGGCGCAGCUUAUGUAGUUGGGCUACUGGCGGGGUCGCUCAGAAACCUCAUACUUCUGGGGUCAGGGAAGGCUUGGGAGGAUGCUGAGGCCUGAGAUCUCAUCAACCUCACCUUCUGCCCCGGCGGUUUCCCUGUCGUCGGGAGAAACCCGCUCACCUCAGGGUCCCCGCUACAAUUUCGGACUCCAGGAGACUCCACAGAGCCGCCCUUCAGUUCAGGCGGUCUCUGCAGCCACCCCUCCCGGCACGUCAGGAGCCGCAGGUGACCGGAGCAGCAGCAGCAGCAGCCUUCGCUGCCCCGCGCCAAACUCCCGGCCAGCUCAAGGUUCAUACUUUGGAAAUAAAAGAGCUUAUGCAGAAAACACAGUUGCAUCAAAUUUUACUUUUGGUGCAAGCUCAUCUUCUGCACGAGAUACUUAUUAUCCUCAAACACUUAAAACUCCAUUGUCUACUGGAAAUCCUCAGAGAUCAGGUUAUAAGAGCUGGACACCACAAAUGGGAUAUUCAGCUUCAUCCUCAUCUGCGAUUUCUGCACACUCCCCAUCAAUUAUUGUAGCUGUUGUAGAAGGGAGAGGACUUGCCAGAGGUGAAAUAGGAAUGGCAAGUAUUGAUUUAAAAAACCCCCAAAUUAUACUAUCCCAGUUUGCAGACAACACAACAUAUGCAAAGGUGAUCACUAAACUUAAAAUUUUAUCACCUUUGGAAAUAAUAAUGUCAAAUACUGCUUGUGCUGUGGGGAAUUCCACCAAGUUGUUCACUCUGAUCACAGAAAAUUUCAAGAAUGUUAAUUUCACUACUAUCCAAAGGAAAUACUUCAAUGAAACAAAAGGAUUAGAGUACAUUGAACAGUUAUGCAUAGCAGAAUUCAGCACUGUCCUAAUGGAGGUUCAGUCCAAGUAUUACUGCCUUGCAGCUGUUGCAGCUUUGUUAAAAUAUGUUGAAUUUAUUCAAAAUUCAGUUUAUGCACCAAAAUCGCUGAAGAUUUGUUUCCAGGGUAGUGAACAGACAGCCAUGAUAGAUUCAUCAUCAGCCCAAAACCUUGAAUUGUUAAUUAAUAAUCAAGACUGUAGGAAUAAUCACACUCUCUUUGGUGUUCUAAAUUAUACUAAGACUCCUGGAGGGAGUAGACGACUUCGUUCUAAUAUAUUAGAGCCUCUAGUUGAUAUUGAAACCAUUAACAUGAGAUUAGAUUGUGUUCAAGAACUACUUCAAGAUGAGGAACUAUUUUUUGGACUUCAAUCAGUUAUAUCAAGAUUUCUUGAUACAGAGCAGCUUCUUUCUGUUUUAGUCCAAAUUCCAAAGCAAGACACGGUCAAUGCUGCUGAAUCAAAGAUAACAAAUUUAAUAUACUUAAAACAUACCUUGGAACUUGUGGAUCCUUUAAAGAUUGCUAUGAAGAACUGUAACACACCUUUAUUAAGAGCUUACUAUGGUUCCUUGGAAGACAAGAGGUUUGGAAUCAUACUUGAAAAGAUUAAAACAGUAAUUAAUGAUGAUGCAAGAUACAUGAAAGGAUGCCUAAACAUGAGGACUCAGAAGUGCUAUGCAGUGAGGUCUAACAUAAAUGAAUUUCUUGACAUAGCAAGAAGAACAUACACAGAGAUUGUAGAUGACAUAGCAGGAAUGAUAUCACAACUUGGAGAAAAAUAUAGUCUUCCUUUAAGGACAAGUUUUAGCUCUGCUCGAGGAUUUUUCAUCCAGAUGACUACAGAUUGUAUAGCCCUACCUAGUGAUCAACUUCCUUCAGAAUUUAUUAAGAUUUCUAAAGUGAAAAAUUCUUACAGCUUUACAUCAGCAGAUUUAAUUAAAAUGAAUGAAAGAUGCCAAGAAUCUUUGAGAGAAAUCUAUCACAUGACUUAUAUGAUAGUGUGCAAACUGCUUAGUGAGAUUUAUGAACAUAUUCAUUGCUUAUAUAAACUAUCUGACACUGUGUCAAUGCUGGAUAUGCUACUGUCAUUUGCUCAUGCCUGCACUCUUUCUGACUAUGUUCGACCAGAAUUUACUGAUACUUUAGCAAUCAAACAGGGAUGGCAUCCUAUUCUUGAAAAAAUAUCGGCGGAAAAACCUAUUGCCAACAAUACCUAUGUUACAGAAGGGAGUAAUUUUUUGAUCAUAACUGGACCAAACAUGAGUGGAAAAUCCACAUAUUUAAAACAGAUUGCUCUUUGUCAGAUUAUGGCCCAGAUUGGAUCAUAUGUUCCAGCAGAAUAUUCUUCCUUUAGAAUUGCUAAACAGAUUUUUACAAGAAUCAGUACGGAUGAUGAUAUCGAAACAAAUUCAUCAACAUUUAUGAAAGAAAUGAAAGAGAUAGCAUAUAUUCUACAUAAUGCUAAUGACAAAUCGCUCAUAUUAAUUGAUGAACUUGGCAGAGGCACUAAUACGGAAGAAGGUAUUGGCAUUUGUUAUGCUGUUUGUGAAUAUCUACUGAGCUUAAAGGCAUUUACACUGUUUGCUACACAUUUCCUGGAACUAUGCCAUAUUGAUGCCCUGUAUCCUAAUGUAGAAAACAUGCAUUUUGAAGUUCAACAUGUAAAGAAUACCUCAAGAAAUAAAGAAGCAAUUUUGUAUACCUACAGACUUUCUAAGGGACUCACAGAAGAGAAAAAUUAUGGAUUAAAAGCUGCAGAGGUGUCAUCACUUCCACCAUCAAUUGUCUUGGAUGCCAAGGAAAUCACAACUCAAAUUACAAGACAAAUUUUGCAAAACCAAAGGAGUUCCCCUGAGAUGGAAAGACAGAGAGCUGUGUACUAUCUAGCCACUAGGCUUGUUCAAACUGCUCGAAACUCUCAAUUGGAUCCAGACAGUUUACGAAUAUAUUUAAGUAACCUCAAGAAAAAGUACAAAGAAGAUUUUCCCAGGACUGAACAAGUUCCAGGAAAGACUGAAGAAUAAUAACAAUUCUAAUGUAAUAAUAUAUCUUAAUUCAAGGAACCUAGAAUUUAUUUUUCUCCUUAGAGAUAAGGAAAAUAAUAUUUGCCAAAUUUCAUAUUUUAAUUGAAAAUUACAUUAUAUUAACAUCACAAUUGUCAUCUAUAUAUUCUAUGUGAAAAAUAUUUAUUAUAACUUAACAAAUGAGAACUACUUAAAGGAAUGGUUUUUAUGUUAGUAAAAAAUACAAUACACCACUUUUUUCUCACAAAAAUUCACAUUAUUAAGACCUAAGUUCAUUUAUACUUACAAGUUAUAGUUUAAAAUAUUAUUGUAAAUACCCUAGUUUAAUAAACACCUUUCUUUUUAGGUCUGGAAA